AUGAAACAGGGGCGAAAAUUUCCGGAAAAUAGAAAAGUCCAACAAGGAGGAUCAAACCCAUUCCGUCGAGCAACAUUCUUCAUCCUCUCUUCCUCUUCUCCUUCCGCUGUCUUGACCCGCAUCGUCUCCCUCCUUCCCCCUUCCCUUCCCCCCUUCCCUUCCCGCUCUCCCGUCGCACGCCCGGCUCCUCAGCCACCCCGCCUCUUCACCAUGCAUCUCUACCACUUCACGGCGCUCUGUUCCUCUACCCCUGUACACCUGGCAAACGGUUCCUUCACGCUCCCGCGGCAGCAAGAGCUCGUCCUUGCGCGCGCCGGCUCGCUCCAUCUGUACCGGCUGCACCCGAAAACCUCCUACCUGCAGCCGCUCUUCCAAACGCCCGUCUUCUGCCAAAUCCGCUCCCUGUCUACCUUCCGUCUCCCCGGCACGCGCCGCGACUAUCUCCUGCUCACCACGGAUGCGGGCGCCGUCACCAUCCUGUCCGCCUCGGCCAUGGCCUUCCGCCGCGUCCAUUGCGAGCCGUUCGGCAAGAGCGGCGCGCGCCGCACCGUCCCCGCAGAGUACGCUGUAUGCGAGCCCCACGGCCGCGCCGCCAUGCUCGCCGCCCUCGAGAAGGGCAAGCUCGCCUACGUCCUCAACCGCGACCCCGACGAAAACCUCACCAUCUCCUCCCCGCUCGAGGCACACAAGUCCGCCCUCAUCACCCACGCUUUGACUAGCCUCGAUGUCGGAUUCGAUAACCCAGUCUUCGCAGCCCUGGAGCGCACAUACGAUGCCACUAGCUACAAGGUCCUCGCGUACUACGAGCUUGAUCUCGGUUUGAAUCAGGUCGUCAGGAAAAGGACCGCCCGCGUCGCAGCGGGGAGUAAUUUGCUCCUUACUGUUCCCGGAGGCACUGAUGGACCGGGAGGGGUCUUGGUAUGUAGCCCUGGCAUUGUGGCGUACAGGAACUUGCUUGAUGAAGAUGACGAGGGGAGGUUGAUCGCCCUCAUGGAGGAUCCCCCAGAUGGCGCACAACCUGAAAACGAGUGCAAGGAGCCCUUAGUCGUCGCAGGAACCGCCUACCAUGACCGCAAACGAAACGCCUUCUUCUUCCUGCUCAGCACGGAACUUGGCGACCUUAUUAAAGCCGAGCUCGCAUGGGAGCCGGAUCGCGGCGCCACCAAGCUUUCCUUGUUUUACUUUGACACCCUCCCUGGGCCGGCCUUGGGCAUGUGCAUUUUUCGAUCAGGCUACCUGGCCGCCGCAAUCGAGGGGAGCGAUGCGCUGCUGCUACGCUUUAAAGAGGUGAAUGUACCUGAAGAUAAUCCGGCGGGCGGAUUUUCGAGUUCGACUGGGGCAACUUUGGCUGGGAAGCUGCAGUUUCGGCCCUCGGCUUUGCUUUGUCGUCUCACCGUUGCGGAAGUCAUAGAUUCUUUCGGCCCAAUACUGGGUAUGUGCAAGCUGGACGGCGGCGGUGUCGGACAGUCGUCAAGUUUAGUUUGUACAACUGGAAAGGCACGAGGUGGUUGCGUAAGGGUUAUCCGACGCGGCAUGGGGGUACUGGAGAUGUCGCAACCCAACGAGCUCCGAGCAAAGGUAACGGAGGUGUUCUCUUGCAAGGAAAAUGCGGAGAGUUUAUAUCAUCGCCUCAUCGUUGUGUCAUUUGCAAAGAAGACAAAAGUCCUAGAAGUUGGAGACGCAAAGCUUGAGGAGACGGUAAACUCUGGAUUCGAGCUGAACGAGCGCACCCUUGCCGCAGGUCAAAUAGGUACGAAUAGCUUUGUUCAGGUCACAAGAUCCGGGGUUCGCUUCGUAAGGGGUGGGGAUGCGAAAUCUGCAAGCGAAUGGAUCCCACCAGUACCGGCUGUUGUGUUAGCUGGAUGUUGCAACCAGCAGCAGGUUGUGGUUGUUCUGUCGACUGGUGCUAUUGUUAAUUUUGAGGUCGAUUCCAAAAUAGACUGGGCUGGCAGCGAGGCAGAUGAAAUUGGGGCGCCUGUGAUCGCCAUUCCAGACGUUCCUCCGGGGCGGAAGCGGUCAAAGUUUUUCGCGGCGGGAGACGGAGUCAGCGUAAAAGUCCGUAUCUUUCAAAUACUCGAGGAUGGUUCUAUCGAAGCUCUCGGAUUACACCUCGCCCCUGCUCCUGUUGAAAGCAUUGCAUUAAUCGACUUUGCAUGCAUUGACAAAGAAGCGAUAAUUUCAUCGCCUUUUCUCGCGCUUGUUAUCGGUACAAUCCACGGCGCCCUUGUGCGUUUGACUGUCGACGCGCUGACUGGUACAUUGUCAAGCAAGCAGAGCCACUUUUUGGGAGAGAAGCCAGUUCGAGUCAAGCAUGUCAAGAUUUCCGGCGUUCCGACCUGUCUCUUGAUGGGCAGUUCGACUUGGCUACUCUUUCUCCGCGGUGGACGGGCGACAAUGUCGCCGCUGUCGACUGAUCCCAUGGAUCGUGCCGCUGCCUUCGCGCUGGAGCAGUCACCAGACGGGUUUGCCGUUACGUACGGAUCAAGACUACGGCUGCUAUCCUUAGAAAGUGUGAGUGCCCUGAUUACAUCUGCUUGCCUCCCGCAUGGCCUCUCGUCAACGCCAAGAAAAGUUGUUCGUAUACCACGAAUCAGAAAGAAUGUCUCCUUAAAUGCCAUUGAUGACUGUUUACCCGAUAGCUCGAUGUUAGAUGAAAUUGUUGAGCCAAGGCUACAUUCCUUGAAUGGGGAAGACGAUCCUGACCUUGAGGGUACCAACCCAUAUUCAAGUGUCCGCCCUUCAGCUUUUGAAACGUUAGACACUGUGAAGAUGGACGAAGCCGAUUGUAUUUUGACGGUGGCGUCGUUUUUAGAUUUUGGUGGCGACACGACAGGUACUAACCGAUACUUGGUCGUAAGCGUAGCCUCAAACAUGCAGGUAUCUGGCACGGCCCCCAAACUGCCAAAAAGGCCGCGGUCUCCGUUGGAUGAGAGAAGCUCGAAGCGUGAGGAGACCUUUGUACUCCGUGUAUACCAGGUGGAUGCUGCCACCGAACGCUUGACUUUCGUGCACAAGACCGUGGUACCCGAAGCAGUCUAUUGUCUAACUGCCUUCCGAGACAUGCUUCUUGUCGGGAUCGGGGCAACUCUUCGUCUCUACGACCUCGGCAAGCAACAGCUUCUACGGAAGGGCGAGUAUAAAUUGGCAGUCCGCAACAAAAUUUCGGCCCUCGCAAUCUCGGGAGGAGACCGAAUUUUUGUAGGAGAUGUGAGCGACUCUGUAACUCUUUUCAAAUACGAGCCCUCAGAGCCUAUCGCCGCGAACCAUACUCGAGGCGCUGCGAUCGGGAGGCGAGGUGGGCACUUUGUGCCACUCGCAGCAGACACCGUGCCGCGUUGGAUCGUGACGCUGGAGGUGCUAGAUUACAACACAGUGUCAGCAGGUGACAAGUUUGGCAACAUCUUUGUUCUCCGCGUUCCAACUGAACUCGGAAUCCUCAACGGCGGCUUGUCGAUCACGAGUGCAUCGCCAGUCGAUCGGGGGCGGGCGGCGAUAAACAUCGCGCCGCACAAGCUCGUAGUGGAAGCUAGCUACCACGUCGGGUCGAUGACCGGCAGUCUCGUCCGGGGCUCCUUGGCGUUGCAAACAACGAAACUAGAGAAGAAUGCUGGGGACGAGGCUCUCAUCUACUCGACACUCUCGGGGACCAUCGGGAUCCUGGCACCACUGCGCACACAGCAUGACAUCGACUUCGCGCGCGCCUUGGAAAGGGAGAUGAGGACAAGGGGCAAACAUGUGGUGGAUGGAGACUUGUGCCAAGCGUUCACCGGGCUUUCGCCGACCGGUCGGGAGGAAUGCGCUACAGCACUGGGGCGAUCAGUUGAGGACAUCGAUAAGAAGUUGGAGGAAUUGCAAUCAUCAUACGUAUGA